AUGGUUUUGUACCUGGCACUGUUAAAGCUGGUGGUGUUAGCCGUCAUUGCGGCCGCUGAAUUGGAUGAUGUCUUUCCCGAGCCACUCACAGCUGCCAACUUCGACAACGUGAUGUCCAAGGGAUUCCAUUUUGUCGAGUUUUUCUCGCCGCACUGUUCCCAUUGCAAAGCUCUGGCACCGAUUUGGAAGGAGUUCUACGACACGUUUCAUGCCGAGGCCGAAUCUUAUGACGUUUACAUCAACCAGGUUGAUUGUGUUGCCAGUGGUGAUCUCUGUGACCGCGAAAAGAUCUUCAUGUACCCGAUGCUUAGACUAUAUGGGCCUAACGACAGAGGUAAUGGAGGCAAGCUUUUAGCGUCCUUCGGCAGGGGUUACGAGAGAACAGUCGAAGGAUUGACGGCCUUUGUGCGUGAGCAGGCAAUAGACUCCAGAGAGGAGCUUUUGCAGUCGCCAAAAGAGAUCUCUGAUCUGAUGAAAUCAGCAGACAUCGGGGCAAUCAGCAGUGCCAACAUGAUUGAGAUAAUUGCAGGAAACAUUGAAAAGCCCCACCUGGUGUCCUUUUGGCCCGGAACAGAUGAGGAGCUGAAUGUCGAUACCUUUUCUCAAGAUGUCAAGGACAACAAGUUGUUCAGCAAAUGUCCUCGGUGUUUAGAUUUCCGCAAUUUGUGGAGCAUGGUUGGGCGUCGUCUUUCUCCGCUGAUCAAACAAAACGAGCUUUCGGUCGGGUAUUUGAAUUGUAAGUCCAAUGAGAACAUUUGUUCGUCCCUAGGAAUGGACGAUUUGCUUACAGACAACUAUGACACCUAUGAUCCCAAAAUCUUCAUGUUUCUGCCCAGUAAUAGAGGUGGUAACAAAAUACGGUACAAGUCCUCAACGUUGAACGGAAAACAGAUCAUCAAUUGGAGCAAACGAUUGCUGGAUAUCGCCAAAUUCGAGGACAUCACAAAAGCCGAUUUGUCGAAGAAAAUGAAACUCAGAUCGUCGCCCUUUAGAAGAGAAGACUUCACAGAGAUAGACGUAGAUCCAACAAUUACAUUCAUUUAUCUCUACUCCAAGGAGACCGCGGUGGCUGAGGAUUUCUGGCUUCUUGAUCACCUAAUCCAGCCAGUGAUGGAUUUGCGUUCAAACGUUCGCCUCUAUAAAAGCUCCGAUAUCGAACUCAUGGAUCUUGCUAAAAACCAAGAGGAGACUUUAAUCAAGUACGUGAAUCAGGAGAUUGCCGAUCCCGCGAAUCAACUCCAUUUUGAUGAAGAGAUGUACACAGCUCGCACAUUGACUACAUACCCGAUGCUUUUGUGCUUCAAGGACGACUCGUUGGUCUCGCAUGUUUUUCAAAGUUUUGGACCUCAUGACAUUAGAGAUUUCAAUGCUGUAAUGGACUUCAUCAAAGUCAAUGCCAAUCCGUUCGUGGAACAGAUGACUGAUGCUUCACGUGACGCUAUUUUUCCCAGGAACUUUAAUCCGGCUAUUAUGUCAAAAAACGAAAAAGUGGUAUUGGUUGUCACUGAUGCUGACGACCACACACAAUUACACAAACAGGGGUAUGCGCUUUCUCAGAUUGGACACAGGUUCCAUUAUCUCAAAUUGAUGAACCAGUUUGAAAAAUUGAAGAGGCUCAGGGGGGAAAAGUACGCCAAAGUUGAAAUGCUAAAAGCCAAAGGUAAGGACAAUGUGGAUAUUAUUCGCGCACUAAGAGAAGAGGUUCCCGGUGUAUUCGAAAUUAAGGACAAUAAUGUACAUUUAGUUUAUGUUGAGCAGAGUAAGCUCAAAUCCCUGUCUAAGAAUCUGGGCUGGUCCAAGUUUAAUACGCAAAAUUACAAACCCGGAGAUAUUAUAAUAGUGUCGCGAUUCACCAACAAUUACUGGGAUACGUCUCUGAAAGGACAAAAACUAACAAGUGACACAAUCUCUGACACGGUCGACGUCUUAUCUGUGGCAAGCUUCAAAAAGUUUCCGGGUAAGGGACUGCGGUCUAGUCUCUCCGUCUCUGCAGUUUCCACAUACUUCGUAUUACUCAUGUUGAUCGGAGUUUUGAUAUUAGGAUUGUCCAAGACCCGGGCAACGACUCAUUUUCGCUCUCGAGGAGACAAGCACAGGUGCUUGAAGCCUUUCUUCUCCGACGCCGAAGCCAACGCUGGCUCUGGUCCUGGACUUGGUAAAGUUGAUUGA